AUGGCAACUGUUCGCAUGUGUAAUAUUGGAAGAUUACAAAAUGUUUGGAAAAUUUCUCGUAGAAGUUCAUAUUUACACCCAAAUCCAGAAAGAAACACAAUAAAAAAUGAUGACCUGGAGAAGUAUCGCAAAUCUUGCUUAACACAAAAUCCAGAAAAAGUAACAAGUAAACUUCCAGAUGCUAAACCUGCUAAUAUUGAGGAAUACAGGCAUUUAUAUCCAGAAUUUCUUCCUCAUCCCAACUGGUUAAGGAGGGAUUUUUUGAAGGAGCAGUUAGAGCGAAAAGAUAUGUAUAAGCGUAGGGCAAUUCUUUCAAUUCCAGAAUUUUAUGUUGGAAGCAUCAUGGCUGUGACAGUUGCUGAUGAAUUUGCUCCCAACAGAGAAAACCGAUUUGUAGGAAUUUGUAUUGCACGAGAAGGAGUUGGACUUGAUGCAAAUUUCACACUCAGAAAUGUUGUUGACAAUCAAGGAAUUGAAAUAAGAUAUGAAAUGUAUCAUCCUCAUAUUCAGAAGAUAGAAGUGUUAAAACUAGAAAAACGGUUGGAUGAGGAAUUGUACUAUUUGAGAGAUGCCCCUCCAGAAUACAGUACAAUUCCUUUUGACUUUGAGCCAGUGCAGUUUGCUAAAGGAAGCAAAGUACCUGUCAAUCCUAUAAAAGUGAAGUUGAACCCUCGCCCUUGGCUCCAACGAUAUGAACGGAUGAACUUAAAAGGUGUGCAGGACCUUGAGCUUCCUCAGAGAUUUUAUGACAAAGCAGCUAAGGUUGCCAAGCCUUGGGAGGAGAAAGAUCUGAUGAAGAAUUACAGAGAAACUAUUAAUGAUGAUGAAGCUGCAAAGAUAUUCCAUGAAGUUUUAUCUCACACUUUAGAUUAUAAAGAAACCCCGAAGAAACCAUAA